AGAGGCUUGGAAUGCGAAGAAUUUUGAGGUUCAUUAACAGAUCUUCCAUUGUUUAUAGCUUGUUGACGAACUGUUUGCUUCUGUGACGGAUAUAUUUCUUGAUUCACAACUGGCUGAUGGUUCCAUAGCGAGACAGUGAUGGAGGCGCUAUUCUGCGUCCUGGACCCAAGUUGAGGUGUGACCAUGGCCAGCAAACAGGCGGCGGCCAGUGGCAAGAAGCGGAAGAUUGUCAACGUUCACCUGCUCAAUGGAGACGAGCGCGUCAUUCAUGUCGAUGUCAAAUCCAAAUUCCAGGAAGUUUUUAACCAGGUGGCAGGUCAGCUGUGCCUGCGGGAGACAGAAUACUUUGGCUUGGCUUUCAGAAAAGACAAUGAAUAUCACUUUAUAGUCUUGGAUGAAAAGAUCCACAAGCUUGCUCCCAAACAAUGGAAAUCUGGGUCUGGGGAGGGCACAGACAGCCAAGGCAAAGCCUUGAUCAACCUAUGGUUUCGAGUUCAGUUCUAUGUGGAUCAAGUCAUUUUAUUGAGGGAGAAAGUGACGCGUCACCAGUACUACCUGCAGCUGAAGGAGAACGUCCUCCAGUACAACCACCUGUACAACGAGGAGAAGUGCUUCCAGCUGGCCGCCUACGCCCUACAAGCCGACCACGGCAAUUACCUGGCCGAGCGGCACCAAGGCGGUUAUUUCAACCCGGCGCUUUACUUCCCGCAGUGGAUGCUUGACCGUCAUGGAGUUGACUACCUUGCCAACAACAUGCCCACCAUCCACAAGGAUCUGCACAACCUGACGAAGAACGAUGCGGAGCUGCGCUACAUACGCAACGCGUCCAUGCCCCCUGGUGGCCACAACCUGCACUUCUACACGGUGCGCAAGCGCAAGUCGGACAAAGUCUGCGACACGUGGCUAGCCAUCUGCGCUAAAGGGGUGGAGGUGUACGAGGAUGAUGCUGGCUACAAAAACCACAUAUCAACUUUCUUGUGGAAGGACAUAGCAAAGCUGUACUUUGAUAAAAAGAAAUUUGAGAUCCGCUCAGUUCAAAGUGCGGGUGGUCGCCGGUUCAUGUACUACACAGACUGUGACGUCAAGUCCAAGUACCUGCUCACCAUCUGCCGCAGCACGCACAUGUUCCAGAUGGCCAUACAGCCCAAACUGAUGGAGAUACAUCACCUGGACAAUGAAGAUCAAAAGCGGUACCGCGAGUCCUACGUCUACAGCGAAGGCCGUGAGAAAUGUAACCUCCAGCACAGCCCCAGCAAGUCGAUGAGUGUCACGGGCAGUAGCACCAACCAGCGCUUCUCCGUCAUCAGCGACGCCAGCUCCAACACCACCAGCGGCAUCGUCAGCGACCGGAUGGCUGUCAGCUUUGAUGAUGGCGACGAUCACACCAGAGAGUUUAUGAUUGACUGCCCACCACGGUCAGCUGUUGGCGGCACCCCGAGUCAGAUCAGAUCAAAAUUCCAGCCCUCUUUCAGCUUCAAACAGAGCCCACAGGGCAGUAAAGCUAGUCCCGUCUCUGCUCACCCGCACUCAUUGGAUCUGUGUAAGCCCGACGCCGGGGUCUCCCCGUCUCAGGAGCUCUCCCCUACCAGCAGCACGGGCAGCUGGCGGUUACGACACCACCCGGGGGCCACGCCGAUGCGCCUGAUGAGCCUGCCCUCCCCGACCACCCCGACGCAAGACACCCCCGGGAAGGGACUGCGGAGGAGUGGAGGGAGACGAGACAGCUUCAGUAAGUCGUCUCAGCUGUUACCUCCAGGAUCUUUACUGCUGACGUCUGGGGAGCGGAACACGUCGGGUGAUAGCGCUGUGUCUCUGUCUGGGAUUUUCUGCGGAAGUGGCCAGGACAAACUGGCCCCUCUGUCGUUACCCCAGUCGGAACUGCGCGGUUGCCUGUCUGGCUCUCCGGGUCCUGGGGGAAGUGUGCAGCAUGGUGGAGGAGGCCGGGGUAGCGGUGGGUCGUCAACUUACUCCUUGACACCCCCGCUCAACCUGGCACAUCUCAAGAAGACUGGUGCGGGCCCGUCUCCCCCCACCUCACUGAACUUUGCCGGCGUGAGCUCAGGUGGCAUGAAGGACUCAUCCUCUCCUCGUGGAGGUCCUGGAGCCUACAGUCUAGGCAGGAGGGUGCAAGGGGAGCGCUCACCGCGGGAGCAACAACUCAAAUCGCUGGGUUCUCCCCGGGAGCUGUGCCAACAGCAGCAACCAGCGUACAAACUUCUGCCCUCCCCGCUGGACAUCAGUGACAAGCUCUCUCUGAGCUCCCCCAGAGCCAACAUCCACGAACACUAUCCCAAACCUGUGGGUUCUCCGCGGGGCGAGGGCCGAGAGGUCACCUCUCACAAAACCUUAAACUCUCCACAAGAUUUGGGUGGCAAGGCUUACAACAAGCCGCUGCCGUCUCCCAGAGACAAGAUAUCGGAGCAGCUUAAGCUGUCCGGCCCAUCGACGUCGAGCACACACCACGCCAUGCUUGAUUUCCCACACACACUACCUGCCAGCCCCAGCCCGCGGGCCACAGAGAGUGUCUAUUCCUUCCCUAUUAUUUCUGCAUUGCAACAACAACAACAACAACAACAACAACAACCUGUGCAGACACAAUCACCCCAGCCACAGCAAUUGACUAACAUCCAGGCACCUCUUCCACCUCCUGCUGAGGUUGGUGCUGGAGAGUUUCACCAGUCACGAGGUGUAGAGCAGCAGCCUCUUGAAGGCUCUUCCUCUGGGGUCCUCACCGAUCACACGUUGCUGGCAUCAUUGAUGCAGCAUCAGCAGCAGCAGCAGCUCACAGCUGCUGAGAAGCAAUCAGUACAUCUACAACAACAACAACAGCAUCAGCAGCCUCUGUUCAAAUCUCCCGCUCCUGCUCCUUCGGCCACGUCAUCAUCGGCCGUGACAGACCACUACCUUCUUGCUCUGCGGCAAGGAAAUGCUCAGCUAGCGGAGAAGUCUCCAUCGGCCCAACGUGCGGGAAUGGGAGGGAUAAAGAACAUCCUGGAGAAACUUCCGGCUCCCCAGGCUGGCCUGACUAUGCCUCUGGCUGACCACAUGAGAGCUGACCAGAAGCAGCAGCAUCAGCAGGUAGCACAACCUCUCGAUCAACGUCUGCAGCAGCAGCAGCAGGUAGCACAACCUCUCGAUCAACGUCUGCAGCAGCAGCAUCAAAACCAGCAGCAGUACCAGCUGCAGGAUUACAUCCCUUAUGGUGUCGCAGUGAAGGAUUCUUCACCUCAGAACAAACAGAUUAUCAGCUCAGAUGCUGGAGCAGAGAUGGAGGAGAACAAGGAGAAUGUCUACCAUCAAGCCAACGACUUCAACAGUGGACGAGACGAACAGCAAGAGGAAUUAAUGGAAGAACCGGUGGUGGCAGAAGAAGAAUGUGAGAGGUCGUCAAGUACUGCCAACAUUUCAGAGGCUGAGAGUCGGAACAGUGAGUCCACUUCACACAGUGGGAAUAAAGGCGUUUUGCAUCCAGAACUAAAGCAGAUUCUUGGCCAGUCACAUGCCAUUUCCCUGCCCCUCAUCACCGCCCUGUGUAACGACUCCUCUCUGGUCCAGGCCUCGCGCUCUCAGUCGGGCUCUCGUUCAUCGUACGACACCUCCACCAUGCGCUCAACUGACUCGCGGCUCACGCGCCUCUCCCACGACACGGAUCCCCGACGCUGGUCUUCGUGUUGCCAGGCGGCAGGUGGUGGUGUGCCAGAGGUCAUGCUGUCGGUGCAGUCGUCACGACCUUACAGCUGGCACUCCGAGCACUUUGACCUGGACUCGCACUCGGCCACCCACCCACGACAGUUGGCGCUUCUCCCAGCGCCCUCCGAGGAGCCCAACCUCCCCACCACCAGCCCGCCGAACCCGCGAGCUGUCCUCAUCAACAACAAGCAGCUCGCUCUAGCGGGAGACAACUCGGAAGUCGGCGGUGGGAAAAACAACGUCCUGCUCCUCCCCCAGAAGAUGAUUGAGUCCGACCCCGGGCCGUCUUCUCCGCACACCAAGUCAGGCUACAGCGUGAACAUCUCGUGGUGGGACGCCCCGCCCAGCGCCGCCGGCUCCGACCCGGGCUCUUCCUCUUGGGUAGACGCCCUGCCCUACAGCCUGCCUCCCCAGCACCUGCCCAACAAACAUCCGGGCACCAGUAGCAUGCAGCAUCUUCAGCAUCACCACCACCCCCACCCCCACCACUACCAUCAGCAUCAACAUCAACAGCAGCCGCUGAUGCCGCGACAGAACAUGGUUCCGCAUAAACUGAGCAGUGGAGGUCACAGGGACAGUGACUCUAGCAUAGCUCACAAGCAGAUCAUGAAAGAGAACAUCGGAAUAGCUUGAUAGCUUACUUACUAUGUUCAGCUUUUUGCUCCUUUAAAGAGUACAAUAGAACAGCUCCACACUGUCCUAGGGUACAAACCUGUUCAUAUUCUGGCCAAACUGAGAAGCGCCACAGGUUUAUUCGAGCUUUUCAGGCUUUGCACAAAAGAAUGGCCCUCUUCCUUUCCUGGUCAGAUGUUUUCUGGUAGAAGUGAAAUCUGCCAGCAAUUUUGAGUCAAGGGAAUCAACUUCUUCAUCCAUGAAAUAGUUAUGGGUGAUGCAGUUGCGUGCAGGAGAGAUGUUAAGACCUUGUUUGGUUCGGCCUAUUUUUGUCUCAGAUAGCUGGCUAGCAUACGUUUGACCCAGUAUGCCCUGAGACCUUCCUUUUUGGGGUGUCCUCUGCUAGGGAAACUGAAGAAGAAAGAUUGUGUUUCUCUUGCUUUCUUAACUUGCAAAUUAUCGAAAUGCAGGCCUGCUGUUUGCCGCCAGGUUCAUAGUUUGGCUCUUGUGAAAAUAUGAAAUUUUACGUCUCUUGUGAAUUAUUUGCUCGCAUGCUCUCACAUGUGCACAUCCUCACAUACAUACACACAUGUGCAUGCACACCACACACACACGCACACACACACGCACACACAUACACACACACACACACACCUCUGUGCGUGUGUGCGUGCAUGCAGCUUGACUGUCGAAAGCACUGGUCACUCACUUUUUCUUGAGCUGGAUAAGGGCAUUCAUUGUGUUGUAUGUGGCUUGCACAAAGUGGAGCUGAAAACUGCUGUCCUCAAAGUGUUUGUGAUAAUAAUGGGCUUCUCAUGGAUGAGACAUGAGGAAGUUGGCUGCUGACGAAAGAGGCGUGGCCUUUUCUCUGAGGGAAAUUGCGUGUUUGUAUCAUCUUUGUACAUUGCAAACCAUGUAUCUGCAUCCCUUGUUCCAAUGCAAUUAUGUGAUUUGUGACCUACAGUGAUGGUACCGUUCUGUGGAUAUUUUUUGACUUUAAAUAAAUUACUAGAUGUGAUACUUGGUGUGCUGUUGCAAAUACAUUAGAGAAAAAAACAAACAUGGUGCAACUCCUAGUGACUGGUGAAAUGUUCAUUCUCUGUUGGUGUGUUGUAAAUUAUUCUCCCCUACCCCCCAAAAAAACUUGUCUUCUAUAUUUUACUUUUGCAAAUUUUUUAUGCACUUCCUAUAACAGAUAUUAACCUAUUUCUGUUUGUGUGUGUGAACUAGCAGAAAUAAUAUAAUUAUGAUGUAACUUGAAUGGACCCUUGGCAGAGUGACCACAUUUCAAAAUCUAAAUCCAUUGUUUCAUUCUUUUGUCGCUGCUCACGAAACAUGGGUUGUCAUGGUCAGAAAUAAAACUGGAUGUUUCUUUUUGUAUGCAAAAAAAAAAAAA